CGGCAACUGUGUACAAAAAGACCUUUACGGUGCUGAAAAUUUCAAAGGGUGUAGAAGGAACAAGUCAGAAUGGAUGGCAGCGAGCAAGAGGAUAGUUGCAGUAUAUAUCCGGUUGUUCUACCUUAUGGAAAUGAGAUUACAGAAAGAGUACGCCACUUUGUGGAAGACCAGAUGCAGACCUCUAUGUGGACUGGUGUUCUGAUUGGGGCAGCAAUUGCAAUCUCACUGAUUGGCAUUGCAGUAUUACUUCUGUAUCGAAGAUAUAAAACCAAGCAAGCCAGUGAACCUCAUUACCGUUUUCGGAAACGAGACAAAGUGAUGUUUUAUGGUAGAAAGAUUAUGAGAAAGGUGCAAACCUUAUCUUCACCCACUAAUUCAGGUCCAGUUUCCCGGCAGAGAACUCGCAAGAGACCCAAAGUCCUUUCAAUUGCACGCAAGAUUUUACGUAUCCGGAGGGAACCUCCCACGUUAGAGCAUAAAGAACCUCCUCCUUCGGUUCUCGAGGCAGAUCUAACUGAGUUUGACGUGCAGAAUUCCCACCUGCCUUCUGAAGUUCUUUACAUGCUGAAAAACGUCAGGGUUCUAGGUCACUUUGAGAAGCCUCUGUUUCUGGAGCUGUGUCGUCACAUGGUUCUUAUACAGCUGCAGCAGGGAGAAGGGCUCUUCCGUCCAGGAGACACUGAUGACAGCAUAUUUAUGGUGCAGGAAGGCCGGCUGGAUCUCUACAUUCAUGAGAAUGAUGGAACAGAACUGGUUGUCAAACAUGUGUUGCCCGGUGACAGUGUUCACAGUCUUCUCAGCAUCCUGGAUGUUAUCACCGGUUAUCCGGCCCCUUACAAGACUGUCUCCGCCAGGGCUGCAGCCCCGUCCACGGUACUCAGACUCCCAGCAGCUGCGUUUCACUCAGUGUUUGAGAAAUAUCCAGAAACUCUGGUCCGGGUGAUACAGAUCAUCAUGGUGCGUCUUCAAAGAGUCACAUUUCUGGCCCUUCACAACUACCUGGGACUGACAACAGAGCUCUUUAACCCGGAGUCCCAGGCGGUGCCCCUGGUGUCAGUGGCCAGUGUUCUGGGGGAGGUCAGCCCAGGAAGAGGCUUCCGCAGGCAACACUCUCAAACCUCCACUACAGACGAAGACACAGCUCCUGACAGGGGUUCUCAGGGACCCAAUGAGAAGCUUAGUGACUCAGAGAGUGGAAAGCCUGGUCUAUCAGAAAGCCCUUCAGCCACGUAUAGGAAAUUUCGCUCUCUCUCUACUCCAUCAGACAGCUCAAGCGCAGAUAAGGUAACUGAUCUGAACACGGCAUUCGAGAGAGUAAAAGUCAGUAAAGAUGAAAGUCCUCCAAGUCCGGUCAUUCAUAAGUCCAUUCUGAAGAAGACGGUCACCAUGCAGCAUGCUCCUUCUGCGGUGUACCAUUAUUCAGACUCGGGGGGUCACUCUGGUCACGUCCACCACAGCAAAGUCACUGCAAUAUUUCAAGCUGCUAAAAAGGACCUGCUCCAGAUCGUUCAGCUCCAGGACCCCAGUUUGCUGGAGGGGAGAGUGACUCUACGUCAGGUGAAGGCUGGGACUGUGGUGGCCGCCCAAGGGGACCAGGACGUAAGCGUGCAGUUUGUGAUAUCCGGCAGCCUUCAUGUGUACCAGAAGAUGAUUGACAGAGAGGAGGAGACGUGUCUGUUUGUGACACACCCAGGAGAGAUGGUGGGCCAUUUGGCCGUGCUGACUGGAGAGCCGCUCAUAUUCAGUGUCCGAGCUCACCGUGACUGUAGCUUCCUCUCCGUCUCUAAAGCGCACUUCUAUGAGAUCAUGCGUGCAGAGCCCCGUGUGGUUCUGAAUGUAGCUCACACAGUGGUACGAAGGGUCUCGUCCUUCGUCAGGCAGAUUGACUUUGCUCUGGAUUGGAUGGCAGUGGAAGCUGGCCGUGCUGUUUAUAGACAGGGAGAUAAAUCAGACAGCACUUUUAUUGUUCUGAGUGGACGUCUGCGCUCGGUCAUCAUGAAGGAUGAUGGGAAAAAAGAGCUGACAGGAGAGUACGGCCGUGGUGAUCUCAUCGGCGUAGUGGAGGCACUGACCCAUUUAAACAGAGCCACCACAGUGCAUGCUGUCAGGGACUCUGAGCUCGCCAAGCUUCCUGAGGGAGCACUCAGCUCCAUUAAGAGGAGGUACCCACAGGUUGUGACGCGGUUAAUUCACCUUCUAGGACAGAAGAUCUUGGGAAAUAUGCAACAGGUCAAUGGGCCACUGUCAGCUGGAGGUUUGGCUCUUCACACUCAGAGCAAUAAGUGGGAUGCAGGUAACCCAGCCUCCAACCUGUCUACGGUGGCCAUUCUCCCAGUAUCAGAUGAUGUACCUCUGACUGCCUUCACCUUAGAGCUGCAGCAUGCUCUCAGUGCUAUAGGUCCCACUUUACUCUUAACCAGUGACAUCAUCAAACAACGUCUCGGGGCUGCUGCACUGGAUAGCGUGCACGAGUACCGUCUGUCCAGUUGGUUGGGGCAGCAGGAAGACAUCCAUCGCAUUGUUCUGUACCAGUCAGACAGUACAUUAACCCCCUGGACCCAGCGUUGCAUUCGUCAGGCCGACUGCAUCAUCAUAGUGGGGCUUGGAGAGCAGGAGCCCACGGUGGGUGAGCUGGAGCGGAUGUUGGAAGGGAGUGCAGUGAGAGCUCAGAAGCAGUUGGUGUUGCUGCACCGUGAGGAUGGGCCUGCACCCAGAGGAACAGCAGAGUGGCUCAACAUGAGGAGCUGGAUCUCAAGGCACUUCCACUUGUCUUGCCCACGGAGGGUUUUCUCCAAGAGGAGCCUGCCCAAACUGAGAGAGAUGUACCAGCGCGUGUUCCAGAAGCCUCCUGACCGGCACUCAGACUUCUCCCGUCUAGCAAGAGUCCUGACUGGAAAUGCUAUUGCUCUUGUGCUGGGAGGAGGCGGAGCCCGAGGCUGCUCCCAGGUGGGCGUUAUCAGGGCACUCAAUGAAGCAGGCAUCCCUAUUGACCUGGUGGGUGGCACUUCCAUUGGAUCCCUCAUGGGGGCACUCUAUGCUGAAGAAAGAAGCUAUAGUCGUAUGAGAAUCCGGGCUCGGGAGUGGGCUAUGGAAAUGACUUCUGUAUUCAAGAAGAUCCUAGAUUUAACCUACCCUGUGACCUCCAUGUUCUCCGGAGCAUCGUUUAACUCCAGCAUCAGGACCCUCUUCAAAGGGAAACAGAUUGAGGAUCUUUGGAUCCCAUAUUUCAACAUUACCACAGACAUCACUUCCUCCUCUAUGAGAGUGCACACCGAUGGCUCUCUUUGGAGGUAUGUUCGUGCCAGUAUGUCAUUAUCUGGUUAUUUGCCGCCUCUCUGUGAUCCUAAAGAUGGGCACCUUCUCAUGGAUGGAGGUUACAUCAAUAACCUUCCAGCCGACGUGGCGCGGUCCAUUGGUGCUAAGGUGGUAAUUGCAAUCGACGUGGGUAGUCGUGAUGAGACGAACCUCACCAACUACGGAGACUCGCUGUCUGGAUGGUGGCUGCUAUGGAAACGCUUCAACCCACUGGCAGAAAGAGUGAAGGUGCUGAACAUGGCUGAGAUCCAGACCCGACUGGCAUAUGUGUGCUGUGUUCGGCAGCUUGAAUCAGUCAAAGACAGUGAGUACUGCGAAUACAUCCGGCCUCCGAUCGACCGUUACGGCACCCUGGAGUUUGGCAAGUUUGAUGAAAUCGCUGAGGUUGGCCACCAGCAUGGGAAGACUGUAUUUGACGUUUGGUGCCGGAGUGGGGUUGUGGAAAAUAUGUUGAAGGAUAGACACCAAGAAGAAUUCCACAAGACCAAAAGCACCAACGUACUGACGUGCCCCAAUGCCUCAUUCACCGACCUGGCGGAAAUAGUGUCCAGAAUAGAGCUUGUUAAACCAGCCAUUUUGGAGGAGGAGUCCGAGUGCCAAACAGACUAUGAUGAAGAUGCAGUACUGUCGGACCUUGAUAUGUCUGAUCUAAACCGUGAGCACACUGAGGAAGAGGAGGAGACAGCAGAUACGGAUGAUGACAUGGAGAUUAGGCACAGAAUCCCAAACCACACACGCCCUGUCAAUGCUUAA